ACACACACACACACCUCAUCCCCGCCCCUCUUCAAAAUUUGAGAUGAAAGGGCUUUUGGAUUUUGGAUGACGCUCGGAAUCACGUGUUCAUAGGAAACACUCGCUAUCAUUUUUUGGAGCAGCCUCGUCCUGCGCCGCCGUCCAUAGUUGUUUAGUGGCGUCCAUACAGUGUGGCUGAGGCUGCAGUGAAGCUAAUGUAAUGUAAUGUACCUUACCGUGGACAGUGACGGGUUCACGCCAGUCCACUGGGUUCACUUGAGGAGAGCUCCCACCCCCUACUCGCCUCCUCUUCUUCUCAAAGCGCAACGAUCGGAGCUAAUCCAAUAUUAUUCAUUUAUAUAUUAAUGUCGGAUUCCAUUUUUCCUCGCGACUGCUGAGAUUCCCUGGGAGCUGUUCAUUUUGUCCAUGUGACAGGAAUCCUAAAGUGGCAGAAGGCAUGAAGCAACACUGUGAUCUCAUAGUGGCUGGUCCAUGACACUAAACUCCAUUCAACCCUCUCCACUAUCCACCCUCCCUCUGUUCUCAUCACACUGGAUAACCAAUCACUCACUCUGCCAUCUACACAAAGCUGCACCAUGGCCAGCAAAAGGAAAUCCACUGUACCCUGCAUGAUACCAUCCAAAUCCAAACAUGUGCGUGAGGAAAUCAUCCUGGGCUCACUGCCAGAACUCCUACCAACAAUCCCAGAAGAUAGCAUCCUCAGUAUCUCUGGAGAAGAGUCUGGCCGGUUCUCUCACAGCUCCUCCAAAUCUGAAAGUGGCAGCGAGAUCCAACGAGGAGGUACAUACAGCUGUUCGACUUGCCGUUUUGAAUCCAGAGAUCUAAACUACUUUCUGGAUCACAUGCACAACUGCCACUUAGACUUUAGGGCCCAGCCCACCUUCUACUGCCUGAACUGUGGGGUGUCGGUCGUCCGCUUCGAGGCUCUGGCUCUGCAUAACGCCAAAGCCCACCCCAAAAUAAUGGAGGGCUUGGUCACUGCCUCCCUAACGGUCAACAAGAGGGACGGAGUAACCACUGCGGAUCAAAGUCUGUUCACGGACGGUGGAGAAGACUACAGAGAGUCGGCGAUCUCCCUCACCAAAACACCAAUCGCAAAGAUGAUGAAAGCCAAGGGAGAGCACAAAAAGAUUGUGGUUUCUCACACCGUGGAAGUACGCAAGAUAGACACUGGAAAGGAUGUAGACCCCAGCAUGCUGACAAAUGUGCCUGAACUCCAGAACGGGGCCCUCAGUGUUUCUGGUGCCCCAGCUAUGCCGAGGACCGCUGUCACUCAUGUGAUUACGACAGUGUCCAACCAAGUCUUUCACCAGCACACUCCCUCCCUUUACUCCCCCCCUUCCUCCAAUUCCAAUAAAGACCUUCCAAAGGUGAUGAUCCCUCUCAGCAGCAUCCCAACCUACGAUGCAGCCAUGGACACCAGCAGCUUUCUCAAGACAUCCUUUGGCAAGUUCCCCUACCCGACCAAAGCUGAACUCUGCUACCUAACGGUGGUUUCAGAGUUCCCCGAAGAGCAGAUCAAACUGUGGUUCACUGCACAAAGGCUAAAGCAAGGCAUCAGCUGGUCUCCCGAAGAGAUCGAAGAGGCCAGAAGGAAGAUGUUUAACACCGUGUUCCAAGGUGGAGCGCCUCAGAAGCAGCCUGCUGCACAGCCGCAUGCCAAUCACAUUGUUACCCAUCACACUAUCAAUGCCCAGCCAGGCUCAAAGGGACCAAACUUUCAAAUGGCCAAAGUCCCAUUUGGCAGCAUGAAAACACGGCCUAUUGGAGUCAUGACCACACAGGCCAACAUGUCAACCAACCCCCACGUCACCAGAGUCUCAUAUUCUACUCCGAUAGUCCCCCCAAAGUUUCCGUCCAUGUUCAGGACAACACAGGUACUGUCCAAGAACGCUCAAUCCUCUGUGGAGACAAACAAGAGCAACGGCAUCGGCCUGGACAUGGCUGGAAACAGUGGUUAUGUGAGUAGCACCAGCAGCAGUCGAAGCAGCAGUAGCAGCAGUAGUAGUAGCAGCAGCAUCAGCAGCUAUCUGAGCAGUAGUAACGGUGGUGAGACGGUCACCAGGAAAACAGUGCACAGCAGCAGCCUGACGAGCGGCGUCAACAGCAUCGCCACCUGCUCUGCCAACAUUAGCAAUAAUGAGCAGCACUGUGGUGCCGACACCAACGGCAAACCAAAUCUCAAAAGCAACAGUUCACCGGUCGGAUUGGAAGGUUCCAACAGUACAGAGAGUCACAUGAUCAUCAACAACAACAACAACAACACCAGCAACUCCAACAUCAGCCGUAACAAUCACAACUGCGGCGUCCUCAGCCCGCAGGAGCCGCGCCGCGCCACGAAGCACGACGACAAACACAACAACUACGUCCACAAGUCCACCACCAACAGCAGCAGUAGCCGCGAGUACCCCAGCACGACCUUCAGCGACAGCGUCUCCAACCUGAACCACGCCAGCAAAUCCCCAACGGACAGCACCAGCACCACUAUCAUCACACAGAACAGCUCAUCCAUUUUAGAUGAGGGUAAAUGCAACAAGGACUUUCCCAUAAAAGGCAUGUCUAUCUUAAAGCAACUCAUCAAGGAAGACGACCCGUUUGCCGAGGAGAGAGCCUGUCCAGAGGUGAAAGUUCAAGACCCGAUCAAGAUCAACUUUAAGCGGCUGAAGAUGAACGAGCCAGAAAUAACGCCGGAGAUUCUACAUCACGAAAAUAACAAGGUAUCGGAGGUAGCCGAGCUUUCCGCCCCGCAGCCGCCUUUCUCUCCGCCCUGGGGCAACAAGACCCCCCAACAGCUGCACAUCCUCCGACAGGUUUUCUCCAGUAUCCGCUGGCCCAGUAGUCAGCAGUAUGAGGAUUUGAGCGUCCAGACAGGCCUUCCCAAAUCAGAGGUGGUGCGCUGGUUCAGCGACAGCCGGUACAGCCACAAAAAUGGGCAGCUGAAGUGGCUGGAGACCUAUCAGCGGCCGCCCACAGAGUCGGAGGACGCACGGGGCCAUGGAGACGCCGAGGCGGAGCCUCAGAAGGACCCUCAAGCAGCCAAAAAGAAACUUGUUGAGAAAGACACGAACAAGCAACUUGAAGGAGAAGCAGCGCUGAAAGCGGGGCAGCAGGUUGUGUGGCAGGAUUCAUACUCACCGCUGCUCAGCCUGAUGGGAAACGCAGGGAGCAGAGAGCAAGGCCAAGCCAAGGAGUCGGCGCAGCGGGAAGUCUUACAGGUUCCCUGGUCAGAGCGAGCGGACGAUCACCAGCAGCCAGUGGACAGUCAGUCAAUCAUGGAACAACAGUCAGAUGCCAAUCAGGCCAGGGAUCGUCUGAGGAUGGAGCUGCUGGAGGUGUGAUGAAUCAGGCGCCUCUCAGAGGAACACGAUGUGGAAAGGUUGCUUUUCUCCCCUGGCUGUGGUCUACACGAAAAAACAACAACAACAACAACAACAAAAAAAAGAGUGUUCAUAAUGACAGCAGAUGUGAUUGUAGCUGGACCGUUGGACUCUGACUGUAACUGUGAAUACCCCCCCGCCCCCCUCCCCUCCCCUCCCCUCCCCUCCUCUUCCUCCUUCUCUUCCAUCUGCCAUCACUUCCUGCCAUCGUGAAAAGAAAGAACUUCUCACCUUUGAGUUCUGUGUGAUGUUUAGGACUUUCAUGCUUCUUCGUGGUCGUGUGGGGAGGUUGCACAAUGAGGUCAGUACGAGGGAUCAAAGGAAAGAAAAAGAAAAGACGCACAUUGACUUGAAUGGAAAACUGACUUGAAUGAGCAAAGAUAGGAUUAGUGUCGAACAUUGUUUUCGGCUUAGAGGGAGAAAAAAAAAAUAAUUAUAUAUAUAUGAUUGAAACUGCA